UUUCCAAAAUUUCACACCACCCAUCGGAUUGGAAAAUUGAAAGCUCACUUAAAAUGUACAACAAAAUUUCAACCGAAAGAAACAGGCGACCCGAAACAAAAAUGGCACCAAAUCCUACCAUCACCCGCGCGUUAGGUCACCACUACUUACCAUUGGCUCUAAAUUCCCGAAAAUCGCCCUGUUGACUCCAACUCUUUACACGCAUCUCUCACUCCUUAUUGGUCUGUCACCUCCUUCUCGUGUUGCCUCAGAACUUGACAUAUUCCGCUCCAAAAAACCGUGUUGUGCAUUCAAAGCAAGAAAAGCACGCUGCGAAAAAAUAUUUUAAAAACCAUUCUCUCUCCUCUCUCUGCAUAUUCCUCGCAUCACUGCUUUCGGGAUUUAAUUCCGAAGAAUUCCAAUUCUCUGUUCAAUCCGAUCCAUUUUUGUUGUCGCCGGGAUUCAAAUCUCGGUGAGGGAGGCAAUUGGAUUGGUGUCGGCGGAGCUGUGGAUCUGAGGGCGGAACGCAACUUUUACGUAAACUGAAGCUAAGAAAUGCUUCAUUAGGAGGUUUAAUCAGAUUCAAUUUUGUUAGGAGUCUGACAGUUUUGGGGGCAAAUCAAUGAAAAACGGGAUGAUAGAAUGCAGUGUCUGCCAUUCAAAGUUGGUUUCCCCGACUACAAGAGGUGUAGCAAGGGCUUAUGAUCGGCACAAGAGCAAUGUAUCAAAGAAGCAACAUGUCCUGAACCUUCUUCUGGUUGUUGGGGAUUGUAUUCUAGUGGGUUUACAGCCUAUUUUGGUGUAUAUGUCUAAGGUGGAUGGGCGCUUCAUGUUUAGCCCUGUUAGUGUUAACUUUUUGACUGAGUGUGCAAAGGUUGUAUUUGCUGUUGUUAUGCUCUUGUUCCAGGCUAGGCAUCAGAAAGUUGGUGAAAAGCCCCUUCUCUCAGUGUCCACAUUUAUUCAGGCAGCCCGCAACAAUGCUCUUCUUGCUGUUCCAGCUUUUCUCUAUGCCAUCAAUAACUAUCUGAAGUUCACCAUGCAGCUAUAUUUCAAUCCUGCAACUGUGAAGAUGUUGAGCAAUUUGAAGGUUUUAGUAAUUGCAGUUUUAUUGAAAAUGAUAAUGAGGCGCCGGUUUUCUGUAAUUCAGUGGGAAGCUCUUGCUUUAUUGCUUAUUGGAAUUAGUGUAAAUCAGUUGCGUUCUUUGCCCGAAGGAGCUACUUCAUUGGGUCUUCCAGUUACAACAAUAGCCUAUAUCUACACAUUGGUCUUCGUAACCGUUCCAUCUUUGGCUUCUGUCUACAAUGAGUAUGCUCUGAAGAGCCAGUUUGACACGAGCAUCUACCUUCAGAACCUGUUUUUGUAUGGAUAUGGUGCUAUAUUCAAUUUUCUAGCAAUAUUGGGAAUUGCUAUCUUCAAAGGUCCUAGUAGCUUAGACAUUCUGCAAGGACAUUCCAAAGCUACCAUGCUUCUUAUAUGUAAUAAUGCAGCCCAAGGAAUUUUAUCCUCAUUUUUCUUCAAAUAUGCAGAUACAAUUUUGAAGAAGUACUCUUCAACAGUUGCUACAAUCUUUACUGGAAUAGCAUCUGCUGCUUUAUUUGGUCAUACUUUGACCAUGAACUUCAUCUUAGGAAUUUCUAUUGUUUUUAUUUCAAUGCACCAGUUCUUUUCACCCCUUUCAAAAGUCAAAGAAGAACAACAUAAUGGGAAAUUGGAACUGGUGGAUUUUCAGGACAACCAAAGGUCAAAAGAGACCUUCAUAAACAUGGCAGCUGGAGCAAAUGAAGAGGCUACUCAUCGUGUUGGAUCAGAUGAGAGACAGCCACUCCUUCCAACUUAAUUUUUUCUUACAGUAUGUGACAAGAUUUUUACAUUUCUAUGAAUGCACCACAACAAUUGUUCUGAAUCUCGUUAGAGAUGUCUUCACCUUUUCUUUUGUUCUAUCUGCUUCCCACUAUAAUUUUUUGACAUAUUACUGAAAUUCUUUUCUUUUGCAGGAAAUUUCUUCAAAGCAAUUCUUUUGGCAGGACUGUUUGGACAGCAUAGGAGAUAAACCAGUUACCUAUAGCACUCAGUGGAAUAAAACCUAUAAAGAGAUGCCAGUUUUUUUGCUUUUGAGAUACCUUUCCUUCUUCUUAGGCCAUCCAGAACUCCCUGCUUCUGGAUAUGCUUUAGAUAGAUAACAGCAAUGCAAUGCAAUAGGUGCCGGCCAGUUUCUCCAGAUUCCUGCCUUCUCCCUGCAUAAAAUGCGUUACCUCGCUGUAACCUCUAUUCUUUAUCUUUGACCAGAAGUGGAUACUUUUCUUUGCCAAAAAUAUUGUUUUCUAUCUGAAUACUAGAGACAGCCUAUAGUCUGAAAAUCAGAAAUUUUCAUUUCUCCUUAUACCCAGUCUAUUUAAUUGUAUGAACAUUCAGCGGUACAAUCAAAAAUUAUUUUUCUCAACAUUUACACCUUGGAAUAAAACUCCUUAUUUUUA